AUGAAAAUGAUACCUUGCUCUGAUAAUGUUCGUCACAUGUCGGACGAAACUUCGAACCUUUUCACUGGAAUCGAAGGAAAUUACUUCGAAAACAGCGUCACCGAGAAUGUUCCAAUAAAGCCAAUCGACAGCUGGUCAAGAGGAAUCCGCCGUCGUCUUUUGGCGAAUCGACCUUCGAAUCUCUUCACCAACACUUUCAUUGAUGAUCAGAGCCUGGCAUCACCAUUUUAG